AUGGACUCCAUUCCGGAAUUCGACGAGGAGAUUGAGAUGAUUGGGAGCGAGGAGGAGCGCCGGGUGGCUGUGGCGAUGGGCGGGGGGAAAGGCUCUGCGGGGAUGGGCGGAGGGGGAGGCGCUGCGGGGAUGGGCGGAGGGGGAGGCGCUGCGGGGAUGGGGGGCGGAGGGGGCGCUUUGGGGAUGGGGGCGGAUGGACUGGGGAAGUUGAAGGGGAAGAUGAGUCCGAAUGAUGAGGAGGCGGCGUAUAGGGCAACGUAUGGGUCGCAGUUUGAUGCUGAGAAUGAUGCUUCUGAUAGUGGCUCCAGUGCCAACGGCUCAGAUGCUUCUGGUGAUGCGGCUGGUUCGAUCGAACGGAGGAGGAACGGCAGGGGUGACUGGCGCGGUGGCAACAGCGGAAACAGCAGGAACAGCCGUGGGAAUGACACUGCUGGCGGCAACAGCGGCGGCGGCAGCGGCGGCGGAGGCGGCGGCGGGAACAGCGGUAACGGCAGCAAUGGCAGGGGCAGCAUCAGGAGGCACGGGAGGAGGGAGCAGCAGCGGAGCAGGCGUGCAGCAGAGAUAAGUGAAGUCCCGAUCCCCGAGGACUAUGAGGAGGAAGGGGUUGUGCCAACCCACGAGGAAAUUGCUUCUACUGGGGGGACCCCUCUGGGACUGAACCCUGGAGGGGUGGCUCCUCCGGUAAUGGCUCCUUCGGAAAUGGCUCCUCAGGGAAAUCCUCGACUGCAGCAGCAGAGGACGGUGUGGGAGUUUCGCUCAGGUACUGCUCCUGCUGCUGCCGCCACUGCCGCCGCUGCGGCAGCGGCCACUGCUGCUGCGAAUGGUACUGCUCGUGGUGGUGGGAGCUCCAGAAAUCAUCGCUCCAAUCCAGAUUCUGCUGCUCGUGGUAAUGCCACCACUCGUGGUGGUGGUGCUGCUGCUGUUGCCGCUGCCGCUGCUGCCGCUGCUGCUGCUGCCAGCGCCCACCCCACCGCUGCAACCGUUCCCAACCCUGCCAUCUCCCCUGCUGCUCCUCCUUCUGCCCCACCAGCCUCUCUCCCUUCCCCGCCUCUCCCCUCCUCACCCCCCUUCCCCGCCCCCCUCGCCCCCAACAACCGCUCUAAACCCCGCAGCACCCCGUCCUCCUCCCCUUCCGACUCUACCUUCAGCACCCUCACUACGGCCUCUUCCGCCCCUGGGGGCGGGCUCUGCCCCGGGAUAGACGGCGGGAUAUGCAACUUGCGCAUGUCGUCCCGCACACACUUUCUUCUCAUGCGCUUCAUCUCGCUUUUCACCGUGCUGUCCGGCCUCGGAUACCUCUCCUGGAAAUGCUUCAUGGUGGGGCGGAACAUCAAGCAAGCCGGCCCCGCCUGCCUGCUCUUCCUCUCCACCGAAAUCCUCGUCUUCCUUUCCUCCUUCAUGCUAGUCGUUGAGUUGUCUAAGCCAGCGAAAGAGAGGAAGGCGCUGAGUCUCCCGCCCUCGGGCCCGUUUCCGAGGGUUGCUAUCCUCAUCUGCUGCUGCAGCGAGAAGAUAGAUGUGAUUCAGGACACGGUUAAAGGGGCUAUGAAUCAGAAUUACCCCGGAGAGAGGUACUCGGUGUGGGUCCUGGACGAUGGGGGGGAUGAUGAACUUAAAGCCUGGGUUGAAGCAGAGGCCAUGGAGGGGUGGAGCGGAGGAGGUGGAGGAGGAGGGGAAGUGGCGGGAGUGGAGGUGGGGCAGGAUCAGAGCGAGCAGAGUCAGCUGCAGCGGCAGCAGCAGCUGAUGGUGCUGCAACAGCAGCAGGGCCGGCGGCUGUUCUACCUUCGUCGCCCCAAGAAAAAGGGUGUUCCUCACCACUUCAAAGCAGGGAACAUCAACUACGGGCUGCACUUCGCCUGUGGGGAAUUUGUCGCGGUUUUGGAUGCGGAUAUGAUUCCCUCGCCCUUCUUUCUGUCGGCGCUGCUGCCGCACAUUGUCGGGGAGGAGAAGGGGGACGUGGCGUUUGUGCAGUGCCCGCAGUCGUUUUACAACAUCGUCAAGGGGGAUCCUCUGAACGACUCCUCACAGGAUUUCUACGACGUUCUCCUGCCCUACAGAGAUGGUCGUGACAGUGCCCAGUGCGUGGGCACAGGAGUCAUUUUUCGUGCUGCCCACCUGCAAGCGAUUGGCGGGUUCACAGUUGGGUCGAUCACAGAGGAUUUCGACACGGCCAUGACGCUGCAUGCCAAGGGGUACAAGACGGCCUAUGUCAACCAGCGCCUGCAAGCAGGUCUAGCCCCGUGGAGUCUGGAGGGGUACAUAAAGCAGCACCAGCGGUGGGCCACAGGCAGCCUGCAGAUCCUGUUACACCGUAACCCGCUUCUGCUCCGCGCGCCCAAGUUCAGCCUCUACCGCCGGAUCUCCUACUGGUAUGCUGGCGUACAGUACUACCUGAACGUGAUUGUCAUCAUGAUCCUCGUCCUACCUGUCCUCAUCCUGGCCCUCGAUCUCCGCAUCAUGCCGCCCGGUCCCAUCUUCGAAACCACCCGCCUCUACAUCAUCCUCCUCGUCCCCUACGUGUUCACCUCUCGCCUCCUCUGCCUCGGCCUCUUCUCCCGCCUUCCCAACGGCAUGAUGGUUCAGCUACGGGGAGAGCAGGUUUGGUACUGGAUGUCUUUUUUCAACUGCAUGGCGAUCCUCCGGUUUUUUUUCCCGUUCAUUUCGAAGAAAUUUGAGGCCACGGGCAGCACGAAGAAAAAGGCGCCGGCGGUGUGGGAGAGGCUGAUGACUGUGUGGUUCCACGUGGGGUUCUGUGUCGCGGGGGUUGGUGCGGUGGCAUGGCGAUUCGCUACAGUGGACUUUCAUGACUGCGGAAUGCUUCUUAAGGUCACCUCCUGGGCUCCCUUCAUCCUCUUCUCAGUGCAAAGCAUGCUCGUGCCGAUAAUCCACGUCAUAAUGUCCCCAACACAUCCUAAGGUGGAGGAGCGAAGGAAGUACCUCAAUUAUGAUGAGUAUGGGGUGCCAUAUCUGAGGCCUGAGCAGCUGCUGCCGAAGCGCGAUUAUCGCAUCUUGCUUUUCAACGUCAUCCCUGCCAUCUGGGCGGUGACCAUAGGAUUUUAUUUCUAUGCGGCGAUCACCAAUUUCAGACCUGGGUUCUGCACUAAGAGCGGGUUCUUCGGGUAUCCUAGGUUCUAG